UCACCUCUCUCCCCUUGACCAGGAACAUCGGAGGUUUUUAACUUCUGAAUAAAAGUAGAACAGACUUUUCACGCAUGAACUUCCUUUCCCAUAUGACAAUUACCUGGAUAAUCAACUGUGCUAUUCCAGCUCAGUGAAAUGGCAGUAAGCCAUAGUCUGCCUCAUUUAAAGCCCACACCUGAGUGCAGAAGACUAAUGUCUCCUUCCCUUUUGCUGCUUUUCAGCCUGCAGAAGAUCAUCCACCGGAAUGACGGCACAGAGUCGGAAUGCACGGAGCGGGAUGGGUGGUGCCUUCCCAAGACCAGUGAUGACCUGCGGGACAGCAUGUCCCUGAUGAUAAAGCAGAUCAUCAGAUCCACAAGGCCUGCUCUUUUCUCAAAUACAACAAGCAGUGAAGACUGCAAAGAGCAGCUGGCAUAUGAGUCUGGAGAGGAUGAGGAGGAUGAAGAGGAGGAGGAAGAAGACUUCAAGCCUUCUGAUGGGAGUGAAAAUGAAAUGGAGACAGAAAUACUGGACUAUGUGUGAACUGGGUGAGCAGUCUGGCUGCUGUGGACAGAACUGUCUCUUGCUCCUUGAGAGCUGAGGGUUCAGAUCCAUGCCCAGGAUCUGGGAAAGCGGAGCUUGCACUACAAUGAUGCCACUCUCUCUGCACUGACUGCUGGUGGCCAUCAUUAUGGAUGUUUGGGAGUCUUUGCCUACAUUUUCAUAACUGCUGGCUAAGAAAGCCUCCAGCAAGCUCAACAAACUCCCCAGAGCGAGCCCAGAAUGCAAACCAGCUGGUAAUACACCAGGAUAGAGGAGAAGCUGCAUUCCCAGCUCUCUCCAUGUGUGGGAAUUGCACUCUGUCCAGGUUGGUGGCUGUGUGGAAGAUGGAAAAGGUGCCUGAGGAGAUGCUGGAAGAAGCACUCCAGCAUUACUGGAGUCCCUAAGGCAGGUUCUGCCCUUCUGCUUGUCCAAAGGGAAUGAAAAUACUGUGCCUGCCUUCAGCACUGAGCAUUGCUGGCCAUUUUGGAAAUAAAGCCAGCAGGAAAACACA